AUGUCACUAUUUGACGUUUCAACUCUCAACAUUUGUAUUGUGUCAAAGUAUUGUGUAAAUAAAUUAGUAACAUAUUGUGAAUUUUUGGAUUUUACACCAUAUUUUUAAUUGAAUUUUCGUAAUAUCAAAUAAAAUGUCAGAAAACGAUAAAUCCCCUAGACCGGGGGUGGCAGCUUUGGAAAAUAUGAAAUUGUUAAAAUCUGAGAGCAGUAUUUUCAAAGUGCCAAAGGUACCCAAGAAGAAAACAGUAAAAAAAACUAAUGUUUUAGACGAAGAACUUUACGUAGAGGGCAUAGCAAAGAUAAUCCAGAGAGACUUUUUCCCGGACCUCGAAAAACUAAAGGCACAAAACGAUUUCCUGGAGGCCACAGAGAACAAGGAUUAUGAAAGACUUCGCGAAAUUACCAGAAAAUACAGUGGGCAAAGACCACCUACAGAUCCUUACAACACUCCAGCAACAUUUGAUACUCCAGGUGUGGACAGGCCGUUCACCCCAGCCCCAACAAUUAGAGAGGAGAGGCCAGAGUCUAUAAAAGAAGGCAAUGUAGAGAAACCAAAGGAUAUCAUAGACAAUCAUUCAUUAGAUUCUUUUCUGGCCAGUCACACAAGUGAAGACAAUGCAAGCUAUAACCGAGUGAUAGCUUUAGAAGAUAAGAAACGCGCCACAAAGUUGGCGCCGCAGCUGCAGGCGGAAGUGACGUCAGCGGCGCUGGUCUCCGCAGCGCAGGCCCUGCCGUCUAUUGAACAACAGGCAGAUCAAACUGAAAGACCGCAUGAGCUGGACACAUGGGCAUAUAAGGCGCGUAAUUACAUCAUGUACGUGCCGGACGGGGCGGAGUCGCAGCAACCGCCGCCGAAGCCCGAGCUGGUGCAUCGCAACACGCGUCUCACGGCACCGCCAUUCGAUCACGCCAAGAACAAGGAGGCCAUCAUAGCCAUCGCGAGGACUCAGGAUGCAAGUAUAUCAGGUAAAAUCGGCGUAGACGGCGUGAGUUUAACGUCGGAGAAGCCGGGAGGUCAGUACUCAUACGUGGCGACCCCAUCGCCGCGGCCGGGCGAGGGGCCCGACCAGUCCCCGCUCAUGACCUGGGGAGAGAUCGAAGGCACGCCCUUUAGACUGGACGGCGGGGAUACACCGCUGCCAGCUGUGGGCGCGGGCGCAGCGUACCGCAUGCUGGAGGGCGGCGCGCGCGAGCGCAUCGCGCUGCAGCUGGCCGACCGCGCCGCGCGCCGCCGCCGCGCCGCCACGCCGCGCCACGACGCGCUGCUCGCCGCGCGCGACCCGCACUCGCCGCACUCGCCGCGCACGCCGCGCACGCCGCGCACGCCCAGUUUCAGAUCUAAUACAGAAAGAUUAGCAAGCAUGUCACCGGCUGCAAGAAAAUUGGCUGCAAAACACUUACUAUCGCCGCGCCUGAAACUAACUCCGAGCAACAUGGGGAUAUUGUCCCGGACGCCUACACCUAAAAGGACGCCCACACAAACCAGACCAUUAGUCGCUACACCAAACAUCAACAAGAAGACACCGCAACGAACAUUAGGGGAAGCUAAAACCACAGAGCCUGGAACAGAAAAUAACAACCUCACAGACAACUUGCUGCAGAUAAAUGUGUUCAAGCGCACACGGUUAAAAGCUCAAGAUUUCUUUUAGCUUUUAAGAUUUAAUAUAAUUGUAAUUUAUACGAAUAAAUAAUAAGCAUAUAGCUUAGAAUAAUUAAGGGU